AUGGAUGAUGAGCUUAAUGUCACAUACAUAACUCUUGACGGGCAUGUGGAAGUGCACAAAUACAGAUAUGCUUAUUUUUUUAUCAUGUUUACAGCGUAUAUUCUCAUAAUCUGCUUUAAUUACACCAUUGUGUACCUUAUCUGGACACACAAGAGCCUCCACGAGCCAAUGUAUAUAUUCAUUGCAGCUUUGCUACUGAAUUCUGUUCUUUUCAGCACUGCUAUGUACCCAAAGUUGUUAAUUGAUUAUUUAUCUGAAACACAGAUCAUAUCAUACUCUGCCUGUCUCUUUCAAUUUUUUCUAUGCUACACUUUAUGUGGUACAGAGUUCUUACUGUUGGCAGCCAUGGCUUACGACAGGUAUGUAUCUAUAUGUAAACCUCUGCAAUACACAACUAUCAUGACAAAAACAACUGUGAAUAUCUUACUGGUUUUAGCUUGGAUUCUGCCUGCUUGUCAGACUGCAGUCCCAGUGAUACUAAGUGCUGAUGUGAAACUCUGCAAUUUAACUUUAAAAGGAAUUUUUUGUAACAAUUCAAUUUACAGUCUCCACUGUGUGAUCUCAAAAGCACGGUCUGUAUAUGGUUAUGUUGCUCUGUUAAACUUUGCGCUUUUCCCUAUGCUCUUCAUACUUUUUACAUACACCAGGAUACUUGUAAUAUCAUAUAAAAGUUCUAGAGAAGUCCGAGCAAAAGCUGUACAGACUUGUUUACCUCAUCUGCUGGUUUUAAUCAGCUUUUCUUGUUUGUGUGCUUAUGAUGUUAUUAUAGUUCGACUGGGAUCUGAUUUUCCAAAAACUGUACGCUUAAUAAUGACUUUACAAACUGUUUUGUACCAUCCUCUCUUCAACCCUAUUAUAUAUGGACUAAAAAUGAAAGAAAUUUCUAAACACUUGAAGAGGUUGUUCUGUCAAGCCAAACUGAUCUAA